CUACCAAACCCUCCAGGACGCGGCUGGAGGCAGCACGCUGACUGAUCGCCUCGAGCAGGCUGUGGGCUCGCAGCAGCAGCUCGCUGCCUCUGACAUCACUCCUGGAGCUCACAUCCCACUCCAAGCUCCGUUCAUUAGUCGAUCCAUCAGUCGGCAGAGGAGACAGGAGACGCUGCGAAGAGGAUCUGCGAAGAACAGAACGAAACAGAGGGGCUACAUCAUGAAAUUCUUCCCUGCUUAUUACUUGCUGCCUCUUUUUCCUGCACUGGUCUUCAGUACUAGACAGGGCUAUGAAGAACUGGAGAGACAGCUGAAGGAAGUCUUUAAGGAAAGGAGCAAUAUUCUUCGUCAGCUGUCGAAGACUUCUAAAGAACUCGAGGGAAUUAAAGAAAACCUCCAGUCUUUGAAAAAUGAUGAAGCGUCAGCCAGAAGUGAUGUGCAGAAACUUCUUGAACUGGGCAAAAAGCAAAGGGAAGAAAUGAAAUCUCUUCAGGAGGCCUUUCAAAAGCAGCUUAAUGAGGCAGCUGAGAAGGCAGAAAAGCAGCAAGAUACUAUUAAUUUUUUGAAGACAGAAAUGGAAAGGAAGAGCAGAAUGAUCCGGGACCUCCAAAAUGAGAACAAAAGCCUCAAAAACAAGCUGCUGUCAGGAAACAAGCUUUGUGGUAUUCGUGCAGAAGAGUCAAAAAAGAUCCAAGCCCAGCUGAAAGAACUUCGUUACGGCAAAAAAGAUUUGAUUUUCAAGGCACAACGGCUAACAGAUCUGGAACAGAAACUAGCAGCUGCAAAAGAUGAAUUGGAAAAGGCAGCCCUUGACAAGGAUUCACAGCUGAAAGCUCUCAAGGACACUGUGAAGCUUUGCCUGUCCUCCGUUCUGCGCAAUCAACCUACUGCUAUACAUCGAAUCCCUUCAACAGAGAAGCUGACAUCCUCAGCUACAGAGGGCUCAAAAGUUCAAUUUCCAGUAAUAAGCACCAAGCAAAAUGCCUCAGCAGAGAAAGAGAGUCUGCACAUGGCCUCAAGAAAGGAAGAAAACCAGAGUGUGCAGGAGUGCGAUUCUCAGGAUGUUGGCAAGACAUGUCUGGGGAAUUACAGUAAUUCAACAUCUCAUUUGAAGACAGCAGAAACAGAGACAAGCUUGCAGCAGAUGUUGCACAACCCUCCAUGGACUAAACCUGAAGACAAAAAAUCACCUGAAAAAAAUGAGAAAAACUUUGAAGAUUCUGUUAGCACAAAAGAAAAGAAACUGUAAAUGCCACUAAUGCACAUUUACAAAUGUUCAUCACUUGCUUCCAACUUCACAUUCUUUUUAGUCCAUAGGCAGGAAUAAACCAGAUUUCUAAAGCAUGCAUUUUUCUCUAUUUUAUGAAUGUUUGUUAGCUAGUCUAGAAUAGACCAGUUAGUACCUUUCAGCAAUAAUCCAAAAGGAAUGUUUGA